CAACCACAAUCCCCUGGUCUACAACUUAUCUAUACUUCCAACCAGCCUUGCAUUCGCUAGCAUGACGGGGACACCCGAUCAAGUAGAAGAAGCACGCCUUCGACUCCGAGCCAUGGACAAAGAAUUAUUCUCCGAGCCGAACUUACGAGCGCUACUCAAAGGCCUUCCCCAGAUAAAACGCAAAGACAUCGAGAAAUCCGUCAAUGAAAUCUCCAGUCUUCUAGGCAUGCACCGCGUACACUGCCGCAUGCGCAUCGGCCACAACGAGCAUCAAGAUUACAUGCUUAAACCGUGCACCUUUCAAGAGAGGGAGCACGAGGACGACGACGAUUCACCUCAGCGUGAGGAGAUCCUCUGCUUCACCAACAUGCUAGAGGAGAUGGCAGACGACUCUUCAAGUACUACGCACGCUUUCCUCAUGCUCGGGAACGUGUUUGCACGCCCCCGUGGCACGGACGGCGACUGGGUUGAUAUUAAGACUAGGCUGUGCCUCCAGCUACUCGAUGAUGCAGGGGGAGAGUUUUGGAUACUCGAGAAGGGCACGCAGGAAGACACCUUUACGGCGACUUGGGUGGCAGAGGACUUUGAUGGUCUGCGAGAGGAGGUUGGCAUCAAUUGCGAAGACGCCACUAAGCUAAGGCUAAAGGGUGGUAUUGUGAGCCGUGUUGCUGGAACUGGGCGCCUCCCACGCAGCCUCAGCAGGAUAUAUAAACAGCGCCUAGUGUAGGGGACUAAGGAAGGGGGAGAAUUGACACGGCCUCCUUCUCCCAUGCUUUAGAACUAGCAACUUUUCCAGGCCCCUCAAUUGGAAUUCGGUGCGCUAGUCUAUAUCGUGUCUAUCGUGUCUAAAAUCUCCUCAUCAGCCCUUUAACCCGUAGUCCAACUUCGUCACUGUAUAACGCCCGGCACACAGAAUUGGCGCCUGUGAUAGAGGUUAGAAAUACUCAUCGCCUCAGGAAGGACGCCUGGCAUGCGCAGGAUUUCGCCUAUCUGCAGGCGCAUUUUAUUUAUCCCUAGCCUGGCAAAACGCUUUCGACCUU